AUGGAGACGCUGAGGAACCGGACGGUGGAGGAGCUCCAGGAGCUGCAGGAGAACACGGAGGAGAUCGAGCGCCUGGCGCUGGAGUCCCAGGAGGUCCAGGAGCUGCAGCUGGAAAGGGAGAUGUCCCUGGCUGCCAACAGGAGCUUGGCUGAGCAGAACCUCAAGUUCCAGGCACCGCUGGAGACGGGGCGCAGUGACCUCUCCAGCAAGUACGAGGAGCUGCAGAAGCUGGCUCAGAGGUGCCAGGAGCAAAGGGCAAAGCUGGAGAAGUUCUCUGCAGCACUGAAUCCUCAGACCUUGCUGGAUCUCCUGCAGGUGGAAAGCCAGAAGAUUGAAGAGGAGUCUGAGCAAAUGGCUGAGAAGUUCCUGGAGGGCGAGGUGCCCCUGGACACGUUCCUGGAGCAGUUUUCCAUCAUGAGGAAGUUGUCCCACUUGCGCCGGGUGAGAGUGGAGAAGCUCCAGGAGAUCCUCAGGAAGUCGGAAGCGCCGCAGGAGCCUCAGGAGCAGCCGCCUCCUCAUGGACCUGUGCCCACAGAGCCCCCAAAGCCACAGCCCUUCCCUUCAGCAGCUCCUUCAGCAGCUCCUUCCUUCCCUCUGCCCUACAGCCCGACCCCAAGCAUGGCAGCUGGGCCCACAGCACAUGGAGCUCUCCCUCCUGCCCCCUUCUCUGGCUCCCCUGUCGCCGUGGGACACGUUGCUUCCUCCCAGCCCACCUUUCCCUAUAAACCUCCUCCGGCUCCUGGAUACCCCCCAGCACAAGCUGCUGAAUCCGGGUAUCCCAAACCCCCCUCAGGAGGCUCCUCUCCAGCAGCAGGUUAUUCCUGGUCUCCAUCCAGGGGCCCACCUCAGCCCCCCCCAUUUCCUGGCUCUCAUCCCUCUCCUCCUCCACCACCCCCCAGACCCGGGUAUCCUCCCUUCUUCCCCCCUGGAGCAGCAAGACCACAGUGUCCAUACCCAACCCAGCCUCCUCUCCCUAACUUCCCAAUCCCCCCCCAACCUCCUUACCCUCCUGGAGCACCUCCACCCUUUGGAUACCCCCCACCUCCCAAUCCCCAGCGCCCUGCUUGGCCUGGCUACUAA